UGCAAUUCACUGGUCUCUACUUUAUGGUCUUGAUUUUCUGUGAGUUGCAUCUUUAUCUUAUAAAUUUUACCUGAUUUUCCAACUUCGCGGGGGUGACUACGUUGGGCAAGGACGUGCGGCGAAUGGCCAGAGGGGAGUUUGUCGAUUUGUUUCUUUCUUUCCUUUCUUCGCUUUUCUCUUUAGCUCUUCUUUUUCUUUCUUUUUUAUCGACGACAUUCGGUCAGUUGUGGCUUCCCUUUUACAGUGUGCAAUUGCACUUAUGGUUUAUAGUUAUUAAGGUCUGGGAGUGUUAGUGACUGCAUCCCUUAUCAACAAUUCAAUAAACAUAUCAACAUAUCACU